AUGGACUUUUACAGCUACAAAGAGAUACCGUUAGAGGAAGAUGACGCUCGGUAUUCUCAAAGUUUUGCAGUAGACGAGGCAACAUCCGAAACUGUUCAAGACUUUUUUGAAGCAUUUGGAUUCGUCGUUUUUCGGGACGUAAUCUCGUCCGACGAAUGCUCGCAAACAAUUGACAGCAUGUGGAGCCACCUCGAAAAGAUUACUCCGAGUCUAGAACGAGAGAAUGGAGCGACUUGGGACCUAGGCUUUUCAUCUUUCGGCUCGCCAAAGGACAAUUCCAGUGAAGUUGUAUUCGAACCCUUCAUGUUGCGCUUGCGACAACAUCCUUUGGUAGUCCAAUGCUUUGCGAGCAUACUCAAGAGCACUGAGAUAAUAUGCAGUCAUGACAGAUGGCUGAUGCACCGCCCGACCAAAGUACGUAAUGGUGUGUUCAGGUCGGAUUGGGCGACCAAACCGAACGUUCACUUGGACUUGAAUCCACCAGAGUUCGUCGAUAACAUGUACUAUUCCGAAAUAAUGCACCGCCUCGACAGACUUGAUUAUGCCUCACGGAAGAACCGUGCCUUUCUUUCCGAAAACAAUGACGUCCACCAACUCUUUGGCCGCGUUGUCCAAGGCAUUUUGAAUCUCGAUGAUCUCCCAUGUGAUGAGAACGGCGGAGGCACUUUGCUGAUACCUGGAUCUCAUCGAUGCUUCGAUAAAUGGGCCAAGUCAAUAUCAAGAGACAAACUUGGAUGUUCAUCGUAUCGAUUCGGUCCAGAAAUGAUAGCUGUUGCCCAGCGUGUAACUAUGCGUGCUGGCAGUCUCGUGAUCUGGGAUCAGCGCCUGAUCCAUGGAUCAACCACCAACAAGAGCAGCAGGAUGCGGUAUGGAAUUCCGAUUCGGUUCUUCUCCGCGGGUCAGAUGAGUUCCAAGCGUGCUCAAGAUAGAUCUGAAACACUCCGUCGAAUAUUAAAGCACAACAAAUUUGACAACGACUUGACAGCAAUCGGAAAGAAGGUCUUCUUUGGAGAGGAAUGCGACAGUAGCACCUCAUAA